UCUGUGCUCGCUUCGGCCCGCGUGGUCGCGCCGGGAUGGAUUCCUCCUCGUCCUCUUCGGGCGCGGGUUUGGGCGCAGUCGACCCACAGCUGCAGCAUUUCAUCGAGGUGGGGACGCAGAAGCAGCGCUUCCAGCAGCUGGUGCACCAGAUGACGGAACUUUGCUGGGAGAAGUGCAUGGAUAAGCCUGGGCCCAAGUUGGACAGUCGGGCUGAGGCCUGCUUUGUGAACUGUGUUGAGCGCUUCAUUGAUACAAGCCAAUUCAUCUUAAAUCGACUGGAACAGACCCAGAAGUCCAAAGCAGUCUUCUCAGAAAGCCUUUCUGACUGAUCUCAGCAUUACCUCUUUGGAAAAGUAGUUGAAGCGAUGAAGAGCUGUUGAUGGGAUGGUUGAAGAAAUGGCUAUGGGGGGGGAUUGGCUCCCAGUUUUCUUUAUCAUCUAGGUACAUCUUGUCACCGGAGAAUGAACAAAGACCAAUUUUUAUGUAUGGAA